AUGGCAGAAGAGUUUCAAGAAUCUGAAGUCAUUUUUCAAGAAAAUGUCGAAAAUGAAGCAGACGAUGACUGCAAUUUUCCAGUUCAUUUGAAUUCCCGGGAAUUCCCAAGAAAUAUCAAGGGAAAGAGAAAGAAGUUGAAGAAGAAGAGGGAUUCAUUUCCGUUGAAUAUCCCGGAGAAUGUGUCUGGGAAUUCAUGGUUAAGGUAUGUGGAUUCGGAUUUUUUCGAUGAUGAUAUUGGUGAUGACGGAGAAAUGGUCCCACCCCACGUCAUCAUCGGAAGGCGUCUUGCCGGAAAAAUGAUGGAGUUUUCCUGCAGACUUAAAGGAAGGAAUUUGAUGGAAGUCCGGGAUUCAAUUCUCAGGAUGACAGGAUUUCUUGAAACAUGA